AUGAAAGAAAUUACUGCAGAAGAGAGCAAUGCCCACUGGGACUACACCAUUGCCGAAGGUGUUAAAGGGACCCUCAUUGGAGGGCUGGUGUCCUUCGGGACAUUUUUCUUUUUGAAAAGAUAUAGACCUGCUUAUUUCAAAUCUUUCAGUUCCACCAUUAAAUCAGCCAUGUUGAUUAUGCCAACGAUUACCUUAUGUUCCUUUUGGGCAGAAGAAGGCUCUCGUGAAUUUGAUUUAAAACUUCAUUCCAAGGGAGAAAAUAUUAUGGAAGAGUAUAGAAUUUGGAAUGAAAAAUCAAUUAGUGAAAAAAUUCGAGAAAUUACUUGGGCUAACCAAUAUAAAAUAGUACUUGGUGCUUAUGGAUUAUCUAUAUUUGGUGCUGAAGAGUAUGCUACGAAAAAAAUUGGUUUAGAAGCUCAAAGAAUUGCUAGAAGAAAUGCCCUUGGUGGUGCUACAUUCUUGGCAAUCGCUGUUUUGGUCGCUCUCUCAAGACCAAACGUUGAUGCUGAAAAGAAUAAUGAAUGGAAAAAGUUCUUAGAACCAAAAUCAUCUGCAACAGAGACUAAAGCCCUCGAAUAA